AUGGCGCUAACGCAUACCCCGAAAGGCGCCAAGAAGAAAGGAAAAAAUAUGGCGGACGGUAUGAACAUCGCCGACGGGAAUGAAGACGAUCCGUCGCGAGUGCUUUCCGUUAGCGAGCAGCUGUACCAACAGAAGUUGCGAGAUGCAGCCCGCGAGAAAAAAGAAUUUGAUGUGCUACUGAAGAAGAAAGAAACAGUGGCGAGAAAGUUAACCCGAGUUGAGGUCGCGUUGGGUAGGCCGGAGGCUGCAGAUAAGCACUAUUUACAGCUGCAGUUGAAAAUGUGUGACGGUUGUUACGGGGAAUACAGUGACCUACAGAAUCGCAUAUAUGACCUAAACACCAGUGAAGAUGUGCGGUGCGCGGAAGAAAUGCGAUUUAUCGAAUUCGAAGAACUGUACAGUGCGCUCUACGUACAGAUAACGAAGAAAAUUGAAGCGUUGUCAGUGAAAGAUGUGAUGGAACCAGUGGUGCCGCAACCAGUUCAUAACCACCCGUAUGUUCCGCCUUUGAAGGCGCCGUUGCCGACAUUUGACGGCAACUUCGAGAACUGGUUCGCGUUUAAAAACAUGUUCCAAAAUGUGAUGGCACGCUACGACACCGAAUCCCCGGCCAUCAAGUUGUACCAUUUGCGGAACUCCUUGGUUGGUGCAGCGGCCGGUGUGAUAGACCAGGACAUCAUAAACAAUAACGACUAUGAUGCUGCCUGGGAGACGCUUCAGGAGCGUUUCGAAGUUAGACAAGUGAUCGUUGACAAGCAUAUCGACGCGAUGUUCAACAUUCCGGCCAUGACCAAGGAAAGUGCAGCCGGACUCCGGAAGCUCAUCGACACAGUUUCGAAGAAUGUCGAUGCUCUGAAGAAUCUGGAGCUGCCAGUUGAAGGAUUGGGCGAAAUGGUGCUCCUGAACGUGCUGGUGAAAAAAUUCGACCUGGAGACCCGCAAGGCGUGGGGUUUGGACCAGAAGGACAACGAAUUGGCAGAUUUCAAGUCGACGAUGGAUUUUCUAAAAGAAAGGUGUAAAGUGUAUGAGAAGAUCAGCCGUAGUAGCAAGGCUACAGCGGAAGUGGUGAAGCAAGUGCGUCCCGCUGGAAAAACGGACUCGAAAGUGCAUAGCCUUGUUACUACAAGUGGAAAGUGUACGCACUGUAAGGGAGACCAUGAAAUAUGGAAGUGUGAAGUGUUCAAAAAUGCGAAUCUGAGUGAAAAGUACAAUUCACUACGCAAGAGUGGUUCCUGUUUCAAUUGUAUGGAAAAGGGACACAUGACGGGAAAGUGCAAGUCGGAGCGAUCGUGCAAGCAGUGUGGCAAACGUCAUCACACGUCACUGCAUCCUACCGAAUCGCAUUCCGAGGAUUCAUCGUCGCAGCAAUCGAACGUCGCAUCCAGAACCAAUACACCGAAACCAUCGGCUGAAGUCGGUGGUCCUACGACAAACCCAACGACGAGCGGAUCGGUCCUCUGCUCGAACAUCGAAGCUGACCAGGACACGUUGCUGGCCACUGCAAUCGCAUUCGUUCAGGGUGCUGGAAAACGGAAGAUGGAAUGCCGGGCAGUAUUGGAUUCUGCUUCGCAUAAGCACUUCAUUACGGAAGCGAUGGUGGCCAAACUGGGAUUGAAACGGAAGAAGGCCAACUAUACGAUCAUCGGAAUCGGCGGCAACCAGAUCGCCAUUCAGCACAAGGUGCAUGCGAGGAUCAAAUCCAAAGUGAGUGAAUAUGAGUCACCGUGUCUGGAGUUCUUGGUCGUCAAGAAAAUCACGGGUGACCUACCGAUGCAGCAGUUCGAGACGGCCCAGCUGAACAUCCCGGAAGACAUUCAGCUUGCAGAUGCUGGAUUCAACGUACCCGGUCAGGUAGACGUCCUUAUCGGAUCGGGUUUGUUCUUCAAACUCAUCAAGCACGGACAGUUGCAGUUGGCAGACCAUUUGCCCGCUGUGCAGGAAACAUCACUUGGUUGGAUCGUGAGUGGCUUGAUUCCAACCAAUCAGUUCGGCGUCGGUGGGACGCUCUGUACGAUGGUAACCGAGGACGACGUCGGUAAGUUACUUGAACGUUUUUGGUAUUUUGAUUCGUAUGACGAAACAAUCGCUCCGGAGCAAUCCUCCGCGGAUGCUUGCAUCAGUCAUUUCCUCGAAACACAUCGGCGUGACGAAGACGGCAGAUUCGUCGUUCGGCUACCCUUCAACGAGGCGAAGGGGCAGCUGGGCGAUACCGAAACCAUGGCGCGGAAACGGUUCUACGCGGUUGAACGAAGACUGGAUAAGGAUCCGGAUCUGAAACGACAAUAUGUUGAUUUUAUGAAGGAGUAUGCAGAUCUAGGCCACAUGGUAGAAAUAACACCCCCUCCGAAUGAAGAUCCUACGAUGGUGUUCUAUUUGCCACAUCAUUGUGUGUUGAAGCCGACUAGUUCAACCACAAAGCUGCGUGUGGUAUUUGACGGUUCAGCGGAAUCGUCGACAGGAGUGUCCGUCAAUCAAACCCAAAUGGUUGGCCCGACAGUACAGAAUGACUUGGUGUCCAUUCAUCUGAAGUUUCGAACGUUCCAGUAUGCGAUCAGUGCGGAUAUUCCAAAAAUGUAUCGGCAGGUCCGGAUCGACGAUGACUUCUUGCGCGUAUUUUGGAGAAGCAAUCACGAUGAACCAUUGAAGGUCUAUGCGCUGAAAACCGUGACGUAUGGCCUAGCAUCCUCUCCGUUCCUGGCAACCAUGGCGCUGAGACAACUGGCUGAAGAAGAGGAACAUCGAUAUCCGCUGGCAGCAAAAACCGUGAAGAAAUCCUGCUAUAUUGACGAUAUGCUGUCUGGCGCAAAUUCUUUCGAGGAAGCUGUGGAGUUGCUGAGACAGGUGACCGGCUUGCUGAACGACGGUGGGUUCGACAUACACAAGGUGUGCUCGAAUUCAAAGGAGCUGUUGGAAUUGGUCCCCGAAGCCAAACGAGAAAGGCUUGGAGUAAUUGACGACGCUGCUAUCAACGGCUUGCUGAAAACGCUCGGACUCGUGUGGAAUCCGGAUAGUGACGUAUUCACCUUCCGAAUAGCAGAAGUACUCCCGUCGGCACAGUUAACUAAGCGAGUGAUUUUGAGCGAAAUUUCCAGGAUUUUCGACCCGCUGGGUUUCCUUGGGCCAGUGUUGACAACAGCCAAAUUAAUUAUGCGGGAACUAUGGCUUCUUGAACUCCAUUGGGACGAUGUUCUGCCGCAGGAAUUUGUGGAGCUUUGGACGGAUUUUCGCGAGCGACUUCAAACAUUGAACGGGUUGGAGAUUCCACGCUGCGUGCUGAGUCGGGAUUCAAGGUCGGUGUUCCGGGACGGAAAAGCUGAAAUGAGAUUGGUUUGCAGUAAAUCAAGAAUAUUACCUAAGAAGCAAGGAACGAAAAAGGAAGUUACAACGCCACGUGGGGAGCUUCAAGCAGCUCUUCUGCUAUCACGUCUUGCUGUGAAGUUGAUUGGAGCUAUGGAGAUUCAAUUCGAGUCCGUGGUUUUGUGGAGCGAUUCACAGAUAGUACUCUGUUGGAUCAAGAAAUCUCCGGAUUUGCUGAAGAUCUACGUUGGGAAUCGAGUGAAGGAAAUCCAGUUGCUGACCAACGAGUUCGACUGGCGAUACAUCCCAUCGAAGAUGAACCCUGCCGACCUGAUUUCGAGAGGGCUUCAACCGAACCAACUGCGAGGACACGAAACUUGGUGGACCGGUCCGGAAUGCUUGAAGAAAGUGAAUUGCGAAAUUGACGAUCCUCCACCGAUUCAGGAAGCUGUUAUCCCAGAGCUGCGAGGAGUUGCUUUCUUCACCACGAACGCUCGCCAACGAAUGAAAAUAUUUGACAGCGUCAGCCGGUUUCCCAUUAUGCAGAGAUCCAUGGCCUACGUGAUUCGUUUCACGGACUACAUAAGGAGCGGAAGGCAGCAACUUACGAAAGGGUUGCCUACAGCUGAUGAAAUGAGGCGUGCUUUGUUGCUGAUUGUGCGGCUGACCCAGAAAGAAUGUUUCGGCGACGAAAUCCGUGCCUUGAAGGAGAAGGAUUUCAAGUAUCCACUAAAAUGCUUGAACCCUUUCAUCGACGAAAACGACGAUACACUACGUGUGGGCGGUCGAAUUCGACACGCUCAGAUUCCGUAUGGCAGUAAGCACCAGCUUCUGUUGCCCUCUAGACAUCCUGUGACUGUUGCAAUAGUUCGUCAUCUGCAUAAAACCAACAUGCACGUUGGACAGCGAGCCUUGCUUGCUGUGGUGAGACAACAAUUCUGGCCUCUUCGAGCGAAAAAUGUGAUUCGAGAUGUGAUCCACAAGUGCACCCCCUGCUACCGUGCCAACCCGAAACGAGCUACUCAGCUGAUGGGGGAUCUUCCGGAGUACAGGGUGCAAGCUGCGUACCCAUUUGCCAAUGUAGGGAUAGAUUUCGCCGGGCCGUUUACACUGCGAGCGGCUGUGUCUACAAGGAAGAGUGUAAUGACCAAGGGGUACGUAUGCGUUUUCGUGUGUAUGGCCACGCGGGCUAUGCAUUUGGAAGCAGUAUCGAAUCUUUCGACGGAUGCAUUCUUGGGCGCUCUUCAACGAUUCGUGAGCCGGAGAGGUCUACCCAAUAAGAUCUUUUCGGACAAUGCCACCAAUUUCGUUGGUGCAAACAAUGAGUUAGCGAGACUUGCGGAUUUAUUCAACACAGAGAUGCACCAGAAGAAACUGAAUGGAUUUUGUGUUCAUCGAAACAUCGAGUGGUCCUUCAUUCCUCCCCGUAGUCCCCACUUCGGGGGAAUAUGGGAGGCCGGGGUGAAGUCGGCUAAAUUCCACCUGCGACCAAUUUUGGCGGAUCACAAACUAUCAUAUGAAGAGCUGGCGACGGUAUUGGCGCAAAUUGAAGCUACGUUGAAUUCGCGCCCUUUGAUUCCAUCCUCCGACGAUCCGAAUGAUCUGACUGCGAUCACGCCGGCUCAUUUUUUGAUCGGCAGGGAGUUCCAAGCGGUACUCGAACCAUCGUAUGACCACGUCAAACCCGGAAGGCUGUCCCGAUGGCAGGUACUACAGGAUCUCAAGCAGAAGUAUUGGCGGACCUGGUCAACAGAUUUCCUCCAAGAGCUUCAACGUCGUCAACGAGACUUCAAGACAACUAAGUUCAAGGUGGGCGCAUUGGUGCUCAUUGCAGACGACAAUCUCCCUCCACUCCAGUGGAACCUUGCGCGUGUCGAGGAGUUGCAUCCGGGUAAAGACGGCCACGUGCGAGUGGUAACUUUAUAA